UGCAGCCAUGAUGCUCGGCCACCAUCUGCGCCGGGCUGCCCCAGCCGUUCGCGUCCUACCUGCGGCGUCGUAUGGGGCUCUCCGCUUUCUCAGUACAGAUGCUCCAGAAAAGCUCUUUGACAAGCUUCUGAUUGCCAACCGUGGUGAAAUCGCCUGCCGUGUCAUCAAGACCUGCAAGAAGCUUGGCAUCGAGACUGUCGCCGUCCACAGUGAUGCGGACGCAGAUGCGCUGCACACGCGCAUGGCCGAUGAAAAGGUCCUGAUCGGCACAGCCCAGUCCAGCGAUAGCUACUUGCGCAUGGACCGCAUCCUCAAGGCCAUCAAGCUCACGGGCGCCCAGGCAGUGCAUCCUGGUUAUGGUUUCCUCUCGGAGAACAAGGCUUUUGCCCAGCUACUGGAGGACAAUGGCAUUGCUUUCGUCGGUCCGGGUACCCACGCCAUCGAGGUCAUGGGUGACAAGAUUGCGAGCAAGAAAAUCGCCGAGGACGCCGGUGUCAACAUUAUUCCUGGCUUCUCUGGCGUCGUCCAGGGCCCGGAUCAUGCCAUCCAGCUCGCGCAGGAGAUUGGCUACCCCGUCAUGAUCAAGGCUUCAGCUGGUGGCGGUGGCAAGGGCAUGCGUGUUGCUUGGAACGAUGCCGAAGUUCGAGCUGGUUAUCGCCUCUCGUCCCAGGAGGCCAAGGCCAGUUUCGGUGAUGACCGCCUUUUGAUUGAAAAGUACAUUGAUAAGCCCCGCCACAUUGAGAUUCAGGUUUUGGCCGACAGCCACGGCAACGCCAUCUACCUCAACGAGCGUGAAUGCUCGAUCCAGCGCCGCAACCAAAAGGUCAUUGAAGAGGCUCCUUCCACUUUUUUGAACGAGGAAACCCGUCGCGCCAUGGGCGAGCAGGCUUGUGCUCUUGCCCGCGCCGUCGACUACAAGUCUGCCGGUACCGUUGAAUUUUUGGUCGAUUCUCAGCGCAACUUUUACUUUUGCGAGAUGAACACUCGCCUGCAGGUCGAGCAUCCUGUUACCGAGCUUAUCACCGGCGUCGAUCUCGUCGAGCAAAUGAUUCGCGUCGCUGCUGGACUGCCCCUUACGCUCAAACAAUCGGACAUUGGCAUCAAGGGCUGGGCCUUUGAAUCGCGUGUCUAUGCCGAGGAUCCCGUCAAGUACCUGCCUUCAACCGGUCAUCUGCACCGCUACAUUGAGCCAACCAACCUCCCGGGCGUGCGCGUGGACACUGGCAUUUUCGAGGGCAGCGAGAUUAGCAUGUUCUACGACCCCAUGAUUUCCAAGCUCAUCACCUAUGGCAAGGACCGCAAUGAGGCUCUCCAACGCAUGGGCGAUGCCCUGGACCACUAUGUCAUUCGUGGCGUGAAGCACAACAUUCCUCUGCUGCGCGACGUGAUUGAGCAGCCGCGCUUUGUCUCAGGCGAUAUCUCCACCAGCUUUUUGCAAGAGACUUACCCCGACGGCUUCCCUGGCUACCAGCUAAGUCAGAAGCAACGCCACAGCCUGGUGGCCGUGGCCGCUUACCUGCACAUGUCGCGUUGCCUCGGUGACCAGGAGUACAUCAAGGAUGACGUUUCCCCCGCCAUGCCCUUCUACGCCGGCAAGGUCUGCGUGACUUUGGGCGGUGAAGUCUUCACCAUUGAGCAGUCGGACGAGGACUUCCGUUACACGGCCGUUUUUGAGGGUGGUGAGACGAUCGAGCUGGCCAAUGUCGAAUAUGAUGCGCCCGUGCUGCGCGCUAGCGCCAACGACGAGCCCAUUACUGUGCAGCUUGUCAGCCAGGACCCCCACAAGGUUCAUCUGUCCUAUGUGGGCACGGACUUUGAGGUGGUCGUGCGUACUCAAGAGGAGCAGCGCUGCUUUGAAAUCCUGCCCGAGAAGAAGACUCAGAAGAUGGACAACUUUGUGGCCACACCCAUGCCGGGAACGCUCAUCUCUCUCAACGUGAAGGAAGGCGACACUGUCUUUGAAGGCCAGGAAAUUGCCAUUGUGGAGGCCAUGAAGAUGCAGAACCAGCUCCUGGCACCCCGCGCCGGCAAGAUCAAGAAGGUUUAUGUCAAGCCGGGUGAGACGCUGGAUGAUGGCGAGCUGAUUGUUGAGCUUGAGGACGAGGCAACCGCUGCCGAGCAGGACAAGUAGGCGCGAGAGCUUCUCGCUUCACGUCGCUAUAACUGCCAUGAUGUUGGCAAUUGCAUUGUGACUUGCUC